GAUAAUUCGUUAUUGAGUUCAAUGAGUGGAGAGUGGCCAUGAUCUGAAGCCAGGGAUUCAAAGAGAGUAUCUCCUCGGCAAAUUCAUCGCGGGGAACUUUUUAAAAAAAAUAUCUGACCGACAGUCACAAACAAAGAUGCAACGAUGACCCAGCCUCAGCUGAAUGAGUUCAUUCCCCCUCCAGAGUGCCCAGUUUUUGAGCCUAGUUGGGAGGAAUUCGCCGACCCUUUUGCGUAUAUCAACAAAAUACGACCCAUUGCAGAGAAAACUGGCAUCUGCAAGGUCCGACCGCCGCCAGAAUGGCAGCCACCCUUUGCUUGUGAUGUAGACAGACUGCAGUUCACGCCACGGAUACAAAGGCUCAAUGAACUGGAGGCUCAGACCAGAGUUAAGCUCAACUUCCUGGAUCAAAUAGCAAAGUUCUGGGAGCUUCAGGGGUGCACUCUGAAAAUCCCUCAUGUGGAAAGAAAGAUUUUGGAUCUGUACCAGCUGAACAAGCUGGUGAAUGAAGAAGGAGGAUUUGAUGCAGUCUGCAGAGAGAGGCGCUGGACUAAGAUAUCUGUCAAAAUGGGCUAUGCUCCAGGCAAGGCUAUUGGCUCCCAUCUGCGUGCACACUAUGAGAGGAUCCUGUACCCCUAUAACCUGUUCCAGACUGGAGCCAGUCUUCUGCAGAAGGCUACCUUGACCAAUGACACCAAGGAUAAAGAGUAUACUCCUCACGAUCUGCCCCAGCGGCAGUCUGUCCAGCCCCAGGAGACCUGCAGCAUCGCUCGCCGUGCAAAACGCAUGAGAUCAGAAAGAGGCUGUGUUAAAACUGAGCCAGAGGAAGAUUGUGAGAUGCGCCCCAAUCUCAGGAGGAGGAUGGGAAUGUAUGUGGCCAAGCCAGAGCCUGUGAGGAUGGCAGCAGUUGAGGUGAAACAGGAACCUGUGAAGCACGAGGAUCCAACAUAUGACAAAGAAACUGUACUGAAUAAGACAGACAAACCUGUAAUGAAUAAAGUGGACCAGUACAUGUGUUUGGUGUGUGGCAGUGGAAGUGCUGAGGAUCGUCUGCUGUUGUGUGAUGGCUGCGAUGACAGCUACCACACUUUCUGCUUGAUCCCUCCCCUCCAUGAUGUUCCCAAAGGAGACUGGAGAUGCCCCAAGUGCCUGGCUCAGGAAUGUGGAAAACCUGCUGUCGCCUUUGGCUUUGAGCAAGCCAGCAGGAAUUAUACCCUCCAAACUUUUGGAGACAUGGCUGAUUCCUUCAAGUCAGAUUAUUUCAACAUGCCUGUUCAUAUGGUUCCUACUGAGUUGGUGGAGAAGGAGUUCUGGCGUCUAGUCAGCACCAUUGAGGAAGAUGUCACUGUGGAGUAUGGCGCAGACAUCGCCUCCAAGGAGUUUGGGAGCGGCUUCCCUGUUAAAAACAGUCCGAUGGAAAUCCCUCCUGAGGAUGAGGAUUACCUGAGGAGCGGCUGGAACCUGAACAACAUGCCAGUGUUGGAUGCCUCAGUGCUGACUCAUGUUACAGCCGACAUCUGUGGGAUGAAGUUACCCUGGCUCUAUGUGGGCAUGUGCUUCUCCUCCUUCUGUUGGCACAUUGAGGACCACUGGAGCUACUCCAUAAACUACCUUCACUGGGGGGAGCCAAAAACAUGGUACGGGGCCCCGGGUUAUGCUGCAGAGCAACUUGAGGCAGUCAUGAAGAAACUGGCCCCUGAGCUGUUUGAAUCCCAGCCAGACCUCCUCCACCAGCUGGUCACCAUCAUGAACCCCAACACACUGAUGAACAAUGGAGUCCCGAUCUAUCGCACCAACCAGUGUGCAGGCGAGUUUGUUAUCACUUUCCCCAGGGCUUACCACAGUGGAUUCAACCAGGGUUUCAAUUUUGCUGAAGCUGUCAACUUCUGCACCAUGGACUGGAUGCCCAUUGGCCGUAAGUGUGUUGAGCACUAUCGGCAGCUGAGCAGGUACUGUGUCUUCUCCCAUGACGAGAUGGUGUAUAACAUGGCCUUGAAAGCAGACGCCAUGGAUGUGGACUUGGCCUCGGCGGUGCACAAGGACAUGACCGUCAUGAUCCAGGAAGAGGAGGAGCUUAGGAAGAAAGUUAACAAGAUGGGUGUGGUGCAGUCUCAGCAAGUGCAUUUUGAUCUACUGCCAGAUGAGGAGAGGCAGUGCUGCAAGUGUCGGACCACCUGCUACCUGUCUGGCAUUACCUGUCCCUGCAGUCCUGGCAAGCUGGUGUGUCUGCACCACGCCCAGGACCUCUGCUCCUGUCCUCCUAGCAACCACACACUCCAUUACAAGUUAACACUGGCCGAACUGUACCCGAUGAUGGCAGCAGUGAAGCUACGUGCCGAGUCUUACAAAGACUGGCUCUGUAAUGUCCAAGACAUACUAGAGCCUACACAAAGCAAGAAAAGAGGCUUGGAAGAGCUCCACAGUUUGGUGGAGCAGGCAGAGGCAAAACAGUUCCCCCAGAGUGAACUCGUGGAUCAGCUACGCAAAGUCACCUCAGAGGCUGAUAAAUGCGCCUUGAUGGCACAGCAGCUCCUCAAUGGGAGGCGGCAGACGAGGUAUCGUUCUGGAGGAGGGAAGUCUCAAAGCCAGAACGAGUUGACCGUGGAGGAGCUGAGGUCUUUUGUCAGGCAGUUAGACAACCUGCCUUGCAACAUCAGACAGGCUCCAUUACUGAAGGACCUCUUGACUCGGGUGGAUGACUUCCAGCAGUGCAGUGACCGGCUCCUCUCUGACGAGUCGCCCAGCCCGGCGGAGCUGCAGGAUCUGCUGGACGUGAGCCUUGGCCUGGACGUGGAGCUGCCCCAGCUGCCCCUGCUGAGGGAGAGGCUUGAGCAGGCGCGCUGGCUGGAGGCGGUGCAGCAGGCCAGCAGCAGACCUGACAACCUCUGUCUGGACACCAUGAGGAGGCUGAUCGACCAGGGUGUGGGCCUAGCACCUCACAGCUCUGUAGAGAGGGCCAUGGCUCGCCUGCAGGAGCUGCUGACGGUGUCUGAGCAGUGGGAGGAGCGGGCUCUCAGCCUCAUGGACGCCAGGCCGUAUCACUGCAUCGAAACUCUCGAAGUUGCUCUACAGGAGGUAGAAAACAUCCCUGCUUAUCUGCCCAACUGCCUGCAGCUAAAGGAUGUAGUUAUUAAGGCCAAGAAAUGGCUUCAUGAAGCAGAGGCGCUCCAGCUCGGGGGACGUAUACCUGUGUUAGACAGCCUCUCUGAGUUGGUACUGAGAGCGGAGGGCAUCCCAGUAAGACUGGACCCCCUGAGUCGACUGGAGGCCCUCGUCGUCGAUGUGCAGGCCUGGAAGGAAAGUGCAGCAAAAACAUUCCUUGUGAAGAACUCCCCAUAUUCUCUUCUAGAGGUGCUGUGCCCCAGAUGUGAUGUGGGAACAGGCCCUCAGAGGAUGAAAUCUAAAAGGGCAAAAGAAGCUCCACAGGCCGGUAAAAGAGGUUCAACAAAACUGGACUCACUAAGUGAUGUGGAAAGAGCUCUUUCUGAAAGCAAGGACUCCGCCUCCGCUAUGGCCACUCUUGCUGAGGUACGCCAGAAGGAGAUGGAGAUGUUGUUGGCUCUGAGAGCUUCAAACGAGUCUAAAUUUCUUCCUGCUGAAAACUGUUGUGCACUUAGUGUAUGUGUUUGCCACAAGGCACCUUUGGGUGCCAUGGUGCAGUGUGAGCUUUGUCGAGAGGCUUUCCACUGCACCUGUGUCACAACAUCUGAGGACCUCCAACAUGGCCAAGCCUGGUUGUGCCCAUUCUGCCAGCGCUCAAGGAAACCCCCACUGGACCGGGUGCUGCCCUUACUGGCUUCACUACAGAGGAUCCGGGUGCGGCUUCCUGAAGGGGACGCCCUUCGCUUCCUCAUCGAGAGGACGGUGCGCUGGCAGCACAGAGUUCAGCAGGCGUGCACAGAGGGAAUGCUAGAGGAAGUGUCAAAGAUGGCUAAUGGAAAAGGGAGACACUGGUCUAAGAUGUCUUCACCUCUGACUCAGGAAAUAAAUGGUUCAUCUUUUUAUAUAGAGCAACUAUCUGUUCCACUCCAAGGACUGGGUCCUGAGCUAGAGGAACUGAUGGUGGAGGGAUUCCUGCUGCAGGUCACACUACCAGAGACUGAACAGCUGUACAGAUACUUUCUCUACAAACUGGCACCCCCACCCAGCAACAGCGCCCCCUCUGGGAAAAGCACAGAACAGGACCAACAGCACCACCAGUCUCCAAGAGGGAGCCCCCACCACAUCCAGAAUGGAAUUUCCAGUCUCAAAAAGGAGGCAGUGAGCGGUCAGAGCAAAAGGACCAAGCGGCGUAAGGACAGCUCAGAUUCUCAGCACAGGGACAAGGCCAAGAAGUCUCGCAAAAAAAAGUCCAAGAAAAGUAAGGACAAGGACAAGGACAAGAGUCCAGAAGCCAAGAGGACUUGCUCCCCCACCAACACACUGUCCGACCCUGUCCCGUCAGACUCAGAGGAGGACUAUUCGUUGUGUGCUGCUCCGUGGUGCAGGGAACCAGAGGGUGACGAGGUGAACUGGGUCCAAUGUGAUGGCAACUGCAAUCAGUGGUUCCACCAGAUCUGUGUAGGACUGUCUGCUGAGCAAGCAGAGAAGGAGGACUAUAUCUGCAUAAGCUGCACACAGCCAGACUACGACAGGGGAGAAUGAAGACCAAAAAUCUACUUUGAAGGAUCAGCAGUUUUGUUGCAAGCCACAGCACUUGAGUGCAUAUAUGAACUUUGUGUCUGGUGGCUCUCCUUUUUUUUUUUUAAAUCCUUCCGGCUUGCCCUUAGUGACUAUGGUGCUAUUUACUUUUUCCAGAGUUACAAAAUAUUUCUGUCACUGUUUUGUCAUGGCGGCUGGUUUUUCAUCAGCCAAUCAGCUAAUAUUUCUGAAACCUUUCAGGAUUUGAUGCAGACUGUACAAAAUGGCAAAUGUUUCAAGAACCAACAGCGCAGGGAUUUUUCAACCAAAAGAAAAAAAAAAGUCAGUUUGACAUCACAUUUUAGAACUUCCUGUUUUUUACAUGCAUCUGAACAAUGUGAAACCUUUAUCUUUCUCUUGUAGAGUUAAUAUUAUUUAUCUGAGCAAUAACUGAACUCCAUUAAUUGAAGUUUGGUUUUCACCUGAGCUAUAUUUGUGCUUAGAAAUUCUUUGAUAGAAUGCCUUCUUGAAGCCAAAAUCUACUCUAAUUCACUUUGGAUUCUGUGAUAUUACACAGUUAAUGUUUGUGAGCAGGAAUAAUUCCUGAAUCAGCUCUCCAGAGGACAAUGACAAUGAAACUGAAUGUUUAAGCUGUUUGAUCUGAAUGCACUUUUUGUUUAAGUGCAAUUAUGCACCUGAAAAUGUGCCCAUAUCCCUUUAAAGGAAAAUAAAAAUAAUAAAAAUAUUGACUUUGAUAUGAAGUCAGGCCUCUUGUCAGUAGAGUACAAAGGUUUGUCUCUACAAUUUUUUUUUUUUUUUUUUUUUUUUUUUUUUUUUUGUAGCUUUGCGUGAGACUUUUUCAUGUUCACGAGCUGAGACUGAACUGUGUAAUAUCACAGGAAUGUAAAUUUUGUUUUAGGGUGGAUUUUCCCUUUAAGGUUUAGGAUGAAAAUAUUGUGUGUUGGACUUAGAGUUAACACAGACUGUGUGAUUUGACUGCCACGGGUAUAUGACCUUUUUCUGCUCCUUUGGGUAAAUAAUAUAAUUCAUAUGUUGCAGUUUGCAUUAUAAAAUAAAAAUGUUUGUUCCCAUAA